AUGGCCGAGUCAGGCAACAGGAUGGACAGCAGCAAGAGCAACGAGACGGCUUCGGCGGCGGCCCAACCAAGCGUGUCGGAGGAGAGCAAGAGCGAGAUCGAUCCCACCGUGUACACCCAUCACCGCAAUCUUUCCAAGCCUCUGAUCGACAAGUGGGAUGCCAUCUACGCUCAGGUUGAGAAGGAGAAUGCCGAGAUGACGGACGAGCAGAUCAUGGAGAAGUAUCCAUUCAUGAAAAAUCUGGGACCCAGCACCUGA